GCUUAUUCAGAGGUAUUGGUGUGUCACAGCCCCUCCUUUUAUGGGGGCCGUGUGCAAAUCAGUUUAUAGACUAAGUCUCUCCAACAGCCGGCAGCAGACACUCCGAAUAGUGGUUGUAGUGAGGACACUAAGCCCUUAUCCACCACACUUACUCGAUUCCGAAAAGAACGACCAUCAACUAAAUCAAAAUGCCUUUCAAACCAGCAGACAACCCAAAAUGCCCAAAAUGCGGCAAAUCCGUAUACGCCGCUGAAGAAAAAGUAGCUGGAGGUUACAAAUACCACAAAUCCUGCUUCAAAUGCGGUAUGUGCAAUAAAAUGCUCGACUCCACCAACGUAACUGAACACGAAGCUGAAUUGUACUGCAAAAAUUGCCAUGGACGUAAAUACGGACCCAAAGGCUACGGAUUCGGUGGUGGAGCUGGGUGCUUAAGUAUGGACGAUGGAGCCCAAUUCAAGGGCGAGGACGACUUUGUAAAAAGCCGUGCUCCUUUGCUGCCAAGAGCUAUCGCCAAAGCUCCUGACGGCGAAGGAUGUCCCCGAUGUGGAGGCUUCGUCUAUGCUGCCGAGCAAAUGCUUGCGCGUGGAAGAGCCUUCCACAAAACUUGCUUCAAAUGUGCUGACUGUAACAAAGGUUUGGACUCCGUCAAUGUUGCUGAAGGUCCUGACAAGGAUAUUUACUGUAAAGCUUGCUAUGCUCAGCGCUACGGGCCUCGAGGAAUUGGACAUGCCGGGGGACUUUUCCUGGGGCUUAUGUCAGAUGCUUUGGAUCUUGAAUGGCAGAGCGAUCAAGCCCCCAAGACAACUCUCAUCGAUACCACCAGCAUCAAGGCUAAGCCCGGUCAAGGUUGUCCUCGUUGCGGUGGGGUAGUGUUCGCUGCUGAAGAGGUCCUCGCCAAGGGACGCCAAUGGCAUCGCAAAUGUUUCAAGUGCAAGGAUUGUACCAAGACCUUAGAUUCUAUCAAUGCCUGCGAUGGUCCAGACAAAGAUGUGUAUUGUAAGACCUGUUAUGGCAAGAAAUGGGGACCCCACGGUUACGGAUUCGCUUGUGGAUCCGGUUUCUUACAAACUGAUGGCCUAACCGAAGAAGAAAUUUCUGCUAGCCGACCUUUCUACAACCCAGAUACGACCUCGAUUAAGGCUCCACCUGGUCAAGGUUGCCCAAGAUGUGGAGGAAUGGUUUUCGCCGCCGAGCAACAGCUGGCUAAAGGAACGAUGUGGCACAAGAAAUGUUUUAACUGCGCCGAAUGUCAUCGACCACUCGAUUCUGUUCUUGCUUGUGACGGUCCCGACAAGGAAAUCCAUUGCCGUGCCUGUUAUGGAAAACUGUUUGGACCCAAAGGAUUCGGUUUUGGACAUGCCCCAACUUUGGUAUGCGCCGAUGGAACUGCUCCCGCAGUUCACGAUCCAAGGCCCAACAGUGGACCUAAAGCUGCACCUGGUCAAGGUUGCAGACGUUGUGGAUAUGCUGUUUAUGCUGCUGAACAAAUGAUUAGCAAGCACGGACAGUGGCAUAAGAGGUGUUUCAGCUGUGCUGACUGCAACCGUUCUUUAGAUUCUACCAUCCUUAAUGAUGGGCCUAAUGGAGAAAUUUAUUGUAGAGGUAAGACAUUAGAAAGUAAAUUUGAUGGUUGA